UAGUCUUUAAGGAUUGUCCGCAAGGUUUCUCGAAGAUGUCGACAAAGAAGUUGUUCCCAAACGGCGAGGCAUCUCCGGAAGGUUCUGUAGGUCGCCAUGGAAACCGGUUGACCAAUGGAAUCGUCCUGGCGCUGUCAGGACUCGCGGCUGUGGUGAGUUUUGUCACCCUGAUGUUCAUGGUGCGGGAAAUGGCCUCCAUCCGGGAACAGCAAGUGGCUUUCAUAAGGGAUAUACGGGAUCAGGUGCUCCUGAUUCGUGUCAAGCAAGAAAGAGAGACUGAUGACAAGGGCCCCGCUCUUGACGUGGGCUCAACUGAAGACUGGCGACGUGAUGACAGCGCCACCUUUUGGAAAAGUACUGAGAAGCACCGCAGAGUCAAGAGGGAUUCGGAGGCCAACAGUGUACUCAUUCACGGAAAACUUGGCGGCCUUGGAUGUCUGUCCGGAGCCCCCGGGAGGGAUGGAAGAGACGGUCCCCAGGGCCCGCCUGGUCUGCAAGGCCCGGCCGGUCCAACCGGAGACACAGGAGACCAAGGACCCGCCGGGAGGGAUGGUAGAGACGGUCAACAUGGCCUGCCUGGCCUGCAGGGCCCGGUCGGUCCACCCGGAGACCCAGCCGGUCCUCCCGGAAACCCAGGCAGGAACGGCACAGACGGACAACAAGGCCCGCCAGGUCCACCCGGAGACGUCGGCGACCCAGGGAGGAACGGGGUGGACGGACAACAAGGCCCACCCGGUCCGCAGGGUCCGGCCGGACCUCCCGGACAGUGUAGCUGUACAACUCCUGCGGCCCCGACUACUCCGCAGGCAACGACUGUUCUCCCUACAGAGGAAGACUGUGCUGCAUAUAAAGCCGCCGGACACACGACCAGUGGAGUCUACACACUUGGCCCACCCCUGUCCGGUGUAAAGGUCUACUGUGACAUGGAUACAGCAGAUGGAGGUUGGACUGUCAUCCAGCGGCGACAAGACGGGUCGGUUGACUUCAACCGGACCUGGGAGGGAUACAAACAAGGGUUUGGGAACAAGACCGGGGAGUACUGGCUUGGGAACGAGAACAUCCACCUCCUGACUGCUCAUAAAAACUACAGGGUCCGGUUUGAUUUACAGGAUUGGGAAGGACAAACACGCUUCGCGGAAUACAGCACAUUUAGGGUGUCCGGAGAGGAGGAUCAGUAUCAACUGGAGAUCUCCGGGUAUUCUGGCACCGCGGGAAACUCCAUGAACAUCCACAACAACCAGAUGUUCUCCACCGUGGACAGGGACAAUGAUUCGGAAGGCAGCUGGUUCUGUUCUCGGAAGUGGGGAGGGGCAGGCUGGUGGUUUAGUAUCUGCGGCUACACCUUCCUCAACGGCCGGUACCUGGGCAACUGUGGGGGCGCUUGUCCAAACUGGCAAGGCUUGGUGUGGUACCACUGGAGGGGUGAACGUUACUCUCUGAAGUCUGUGUCUAUUAAAAUCAGGCCAUGAUUAUUCCCAUGACCUUUGCUUAUAUUUAAUCUGAUUACACCUUCUAGUUAUCCACACCAAAUCAUCAAUCCUGCAUGGCCUAUAAUGCUAACAAAUAAUGUUCUCUAUUGUAGUUGCUUUUCUGUUACACACAGCAGAAUGAGCUCAUUUAAAUGUACCGGUAAUAGGGUCCAUAGGGCUUCAAAGCUAACAAAAGUGUUCAGACAUAGUCCUUUAGCAGAUUAAUAUGAUUUACUCUUAAAUCAUGCACAUGUUGUCUCAAUUAUUUAAAGCAUCACUUAAGCUACCUAUAUACAAAAAAAAUGCAACGAUCUUUCGACGAUUUCUAGAGUUAUCCUCCUUCAAAUACAAUAUGUUAAUAACAAAACACACCUACAGUUCCAAAACAAGCAGCUUGGCUAGGAAGGUCAAACUUACGUCACCUAUUUCCAAUCACAAAACCUAGCGACCAUUUAUAAUUUGUGUCCCUGUCACUUCCAGAAAUAUCAAAAUCUGGAAGUAGCAUACUAAGUCGCCAUCCACACACACACACACACACACACACACACACAGACACACACAGGCACACACACACAGACACACAC